AUGCGAUUGGCUGUAGCAUUGGCGGGAAUAGGGCCAGAGAGUGGAAAAGUACGGAUGACUCAGAGGAGGUCUAUGUAUACGAUUAGGCCAAGACAAUCAACAGGCGGCAAUGGAAAGUCCCCAAGUGCCUGUGGGGUCCCCCACCACGAUUCUAUUUCUAAUGUCAGUGGGAACCUAAGAGAGUCAGAGAAGGAGGAACCUGUAAAAAUCUAUGGCGAUAUCGUUAUCAGCCCUUUGCCAAGUUCAGAGUCAGUGUCCCUUUCCAAAGUGGCCGCUGCAGAGGAAUCGUGGGCGGGAUCUCCAGGUGUUAAACCCUCUCGGGCCUUGGCUGGAAGGAGGUUCAACCCCAGGCCAGCGCCGCGCGCCUGCCGGGCCCACCUCCCUCGCCCCUCCGCGCCCGACCCCGGGGUUCCCGGGGACCGGGUCGUGGGGACGGCGGCGGCCGCCGCGCCCGAGACCCGCGAGCACCUCUUCAAGGUGCUGGUCAUCGGCGAGCUCGGCGUGGGCAAGACGAGCAUCAUCAAGCGCUACGUCCAUCAGCUCUUCUCCCAGCACUACCGGGCCACCAUCGGGGUGGACUUCGCCCUCAAGGUCCUCAAUUGGGACAGCCGCACGCUGGUGCGCCUGCAGCUCUGGGACAUCGCGGGGCAAGAGCGGUUUGGCAACAUGACCCGAGUGUACUACAAAGAAGCUGUUGGUGCCUUUGUGGUCUUUGAUAUAUCCAGAGGCUCCACGUUUGAGGCCGUCUUAAAGUGGAAGAGUGAUCUGGAUAGUAAAGUCCAUCUUCCAAACGGCAGCCCUAUCCCUGCAGUCCUCUUAGCUAAUAAAUGUGACCAGAAAAAGGAUGGUGGCCAGAGCCCUCCCCAGUUGGACCAGUUCUGCAAAGAACACGGUUUCACCGGAUGGUUUGAAACCUCGGCAAAGGAUAACAUAAACAUAGAUGAGGCCGCGCGGUUCCUAGUGGAGAAUAUCCUCGCAAACCACCAGAGCUUUCCUAGUGAAGAAAACGACGAGGACAAAAUCAAACUGGAUCGGGAGACCUUGAGAGCAGAGAGCAAGUCCCAGUGUUGCUGACAUGGCUUCCGGCCCCCGUGCGGCGCGCAGCCUGACCCGGCGGGAGCCAAUCCCGGGAAGGGACAGGGGCGGACGUGCUGCUCUGUGCAAAUCUUCCCAGGGCUGCCCUUCAAACGAGCGCGCCGGGUUUCCUUCAGGUUGUCUAGAUGUUACUUUGUACGGAAGGACUGCGAUGGCACCCCGGGAGCCUACGCCGACACGGCGUGUGGUCAGGGGGCUCUGCCGGCCACCCCACACCUGAACACGGGAACACUCAGGCCUCCACGGUGGUUGCCAUGUAGUCAGGAUGAUGUUUCCGUCCUCCUUAACAUCCUUCUAAAAGGAUGCUCCCUCAGGAUUUGGGAAGACUUUCAAGUUGUGCCUUUUAGCGGAAGCUCCGGGUGGUCAGGGAACCUGACCUGAGGUCUUCCAGUAAUUUUGGGGGCCUGGGUUUUUAUCUCCACAUUCCAUUCUCUCCAGGGAGGCUGUCGGCUCUGUUAGUCAUGGAAGGCUGUUUUGCAGUCCUUUUUCUACUUAAAACUUUGAUACUUCCUGUAAAAUUGUUCUCGUCACAUUUCAUAAUGUCAUUAGUCUUCGCCUGUGGGGCGUGGCCUGGCUGACGACGCAGGCGCACUGGCGUCCUUGUCCUUGUGAGGGACGCAGGCGCACUGGCAUCCUGCCGUCUGGCUGCUGCCAGUUGGAAACCAUAUAGACGAACAUCCCUUCUCUCCUCUUCCUCCCGAGCGUUUCUUUUUGUACCUGAGAGCCUGGCUGCUGUUACUGCUGCAGUUCGCUCUAACUGGAGCUCGUCUUUUCAAAUCUCUAUUAGUAACAGUAACAGAGAAGUUACUUCAAAGCAUAUACAAUUAAAUCUGAGAUUCUCUAAGUAUGAAUUGUGAAAGAAACUAGGUCAUGUGUAGUUUUUACGUAAAGUUUUGGACGUUUAAAGUAUAGCACAUGAGAAAGGGCAGCCUCAGAGUAUUUGUAUUACCGUUUAACCCAGUUAAGGAAAAGAAUAAAUAUUUUCACUGAAA